UCCGCCCACAGCACCAGCGGUACCAGUGAAGCUCCAGCGGCGGCGGUGAGAGUGGGAGCUGGCGGCGAGGCGGCCGGGCUGAGAGAGGGCGAGCUGGGGGAGGAGAGCGGGUCUGUGAGCGGGUCUGGAGAUCUCACCGGGGUUCCUCUUCUGGACUCACAGCUCACAGUGGCUCCUCUGUGUCUCUGCGGAGCUUCUGCUUCCGUUUCCAGUGUCAGGGGAUGAUAGUUCGCCUUCUGGAGCUUCUUCUUCUGUGUGUGUGCUGGGAGUGAGGGGCAGGUUCUGGGUUCUGGAGCCGGUUCGGUUCUGCUGGGGGUCUGGAGUCAUGGCUGAGGCCGAGCAGGUCGACGACGCUGAACUGUCUCUACAGGGAAUCAACAUGCUGCUCAACAACGGCUUUAAGGAGAGCGCCGAGCUCUUCCACAGAUACAGGAAUUACAGCCCUCUGAUGAGUUUUGGUGCCAGCUUUGUCAGUUUUCUGAAUGCCAUGAUGACGUUUGAAGAGGAGAAGAUGCAGGUGGCGUGUGAGGACCUCCGGGCCACUGAGAGGCUCUGCGAGAGUGACAGCAUCGGCGUUAUCGAGACCAUCAAAAACAAGAUCAGGAAGAAUGCGGACAGUCAGAAGUCUGAGGUGGCUAUGAUGGAGCGUCUGCAGCGGCUGAUCAUUGUGGCAGACUGUCAGGUCUACCUGGCUGUGCUUUCCUUCGUCAGGCAGGAGCUCUCAGCUUAUAUUAAAGCUGGCUGGAUUCUCCGUAAAGCCUGGAAGACGUACAACAAAUGCUACAGUGACAUCAGCCAGCUGCAGGAAGCCUGCCAGAGGAGGUCCUCUGCACCACAGGGGGCGCCACCACCUGAUCCAGCCGCACACAGCGAGAAGCUUCCCCUACAGACUGAGGACGGCCAGCAGGAGUCGCAGUCCUCCAUCCGCCCCAAACCCGGCCAGAAGUCUCCUCAGCCGUACGACAGCAGAGUGAGCGCAGAGUCCCUGAGUCGACUGAAGGGUUCGGUCAGCUUCGGCUACGGCCUCUUCCACCUCUGCAUCUCCAUGGUGCCUCCUCACCUGCUCAAGAUCAUUAACCUGCUGGGCUUCCCUGGCGACCGGCAGCAGGGGCUCUCCUCCCUCACGUAUGCGAGCGAAAGUAAGGACAUGAAGGCCCCUCUUGCUACACUCGCCCUCCUGUGGUAUCACACGGUAGUGCAGCCCUUCUUCGCACUGGAUGGCUCAGAGACGGAGGCCGGGCUUCUUGCAGCCAAAGAGAUUCUUCAGAAGAAAGAAGCAGAGUACCCAAACUCCUCCCUCUUCAUGUUCUUCAAAGGCAGAGUGCAGCGGCUGGAGUGCCAAAUCAGCAGUGCCUUAACAUCCUUCAACAGUGCUUUAGAGCUGGCUACAGAGCAGAGGGAGAUCCAGCACAUAUGUCUGUAUGAGAUUGGUUGGUGCAGUAUGAUCGAGCUGAGCUUUACUGAGGCAUUCAGAGCGUUUGACCGGCUGAGGACGGAGUCUCGCUGGUCCCAGUGCUACUACGCCUACCUUACUGGAGUGUGUCAGGGAGCAGCAGGUGAUCUGGAUGGAGCAUGCUCUGUGCUUAAGGACGCAGCUCGACUGUUCAGGAGAAAAAACAAUCAGAUUGAACAGUUUUCCAUGAGGAGGGCAGAGGAUUUAAGAAAGCUUCCUCCUACUAAAGAGCGCUGUACCAUGGCAGCCAUAGAAGUGCUCUACCUUUGGAAAGCUCUGCCCAACUGCUCUACCUCAAAACUGCAGCAUAUGGUUCAAGUGUUGCAGCAGAUGGAGGACUCUUCGUGUGCUGGUCUGAAUCACCUGCUGCUGGGCGCGGUGUAUAAAUGCCUGGGGAACAGCACAAACGCAGUGCAGAGCUUUCAGGUGGCUCUGAGAGAUGAGCAGGGCCGUCUGAGUAACUCCUACGUCCAGCCCUACUCUCUGUACGAGCUGGGGUGCAUACUCCUGGAAAACACAGAGUCUGCAGCAAAAGGAAAAGCUCUUCUACUUCAGGCCAAGGAGGAGUUCACGGCAUAUGACUUUGAGAACAGACUCCACGUGAGAAUCCACACAGCAUUAGCUUCACUGAAAGAGGCUCAAUAGCCCUCAAUAGACCUCACUUUUAAAGACUCAUCAAUUCAUCCAUUCUAUUCCCUUUACGGAAGCAAACUCAAUACAACCAAACCUGGAGAGAAAUGAAUGACAGGUACCUCACUGCUCCUCUGGAACAAGAGGGAAGAAGCAGCUUCAGACUUUAUAAAUGAUCACUGAAGAUCUGAGGGCCUGAAUCCACUACACUGACUAGUGUGUCUACAGGUAGGAAAUGAACCUCCCCUUCCUGUAGCAGCGGAGACUUUUAAAAGGAAACGUCCAAAUAACAGGAACCAGGCACAGUCAGCUCAAUCAGCACCAUCAUCCACCCUUCCAUUAGGAACAUCCAAUCAGAAGCUGUCUGCUUUUUUUAUAUAUACAGGAGACUAAUGAGGUCUUUCAGAUCCAUUGUGAACUCAUGUUAACGUGUAACAUGUUGGGGGUGACGUAUAUGGUCAGUUUUAAUAGCAACUCUGUCUGAUUUUUUUCAUUUUAGUAUUUAAAUUUGUUCAACUAGACAGUAGAGAUAAACCUGCUGUUUGGCCAUAUUUAACAGUUCACACACAGCUCUGGAAAAAAAAUGAAGAGACCACUUCAGUUUCUGAAACAGUUUCUCUGAUUUUGCUAUGUAUAGGUAUAUGUUUGAGUAAAAUCAACAUAGUUGUUUUAUUUUAUAAACUAUAUACAAUAUUUCUCCCAAAUUACAUAUGGAUUUUUUGUCAUUUACAGCAUUUAUUUGUAGAAAAUGAGAAAUGGAGUUCAGAAAUCAAUAUUUGGUGGAAUAACCUUUUUUUUUUAAUCACAGUUUUCAUGCAUCUUGGCAUGUUCUCCUCCACCAGUCUUACACACUGCUUUUGGAUAACUUUAUGCCACUCCUGCUGUAAGAAUUCAAGCAGUUUAGCUUGGUUUGAUGGCUUGUGAUCAUCCAUCUUCCUCUUGAUUAUAUUCCAGAGGUUUUCAAUUUGGUCAAAUCAAAGAAACUCAUCAUCAAGUGGCUUUAAUUUUUUUCCAGAGCUGUACUUGCCUGAUUGCUAAGCUACAUGUAUUACUGGAGGCUUCUUCUAGAGAGCAGCUCAGGCAUCUCAUUAAUGUUGUACAAAACACCAAGUUGGCUCCACCCCCAAUCCUUUUCUAGGGCAUUUUCUACCAUAGUUCUGUUGCAUUUGAUUCAAUUUCAGUGUACACAUUUCUACAUCAGCUUCUGAAACAAUGCUAAUCUCUUGCUAGCGGCUCUGAUCAGCAUAUGUGUCGCUAUGCAGCGGCUCCUCAAAACUUUCCGUCAUUUAGGAGCUUAAUAUAUAUAACAAGCACGACCAACACUCCAAACAGACACAUACAUAUGCAUAAUUAACAGCAAAUGUAUCUGUACCCUGAGGCUACAUUCACGCAGCAGGUUAAUAUGGCUCAACUCCAAUCUUCUAUGUCAUAUUUGACACAGAUGUGUUAUCUGCGUGGCAGUAAAAACAACAAAAAACAUACUUCAGUGAGUGGUAUUAAAAUCUGAUAUGUAUUUUACAUGCAGAUUUUACAUCAAGGGAGGGAAGAAGGGAAAAAAAAAAAUAUAUAUAUAUAUAUAUAUAUAUAUAUAUAUAUAUAUAUAUAUAAUCACAGAGGGGAAGAGAAAACACAGGCAAGAUGACGCAGUAACAGAUGAACGUGGAAAAUGUGGGUUUCAUUGGCAAGAUAAUAAAACAACAUUUCAGUGUUUGUAAUAAAAUGCAAUAAAAGCUCUGGUCAAAAACCUAACUGAAGCCCAGUGAUUACCUGUUUAGCAGAAAAAUGGACAGCUGGCCCAUUUCCAUGGCUCCAGCACACUGUUUACAUUCUCUUGUCUAUACCUGGCAACUCAGGUGUGGCAAUUAGACUGGGAGAAUUGUGGUGGGCAGAUUCAGAGGCAACAACUCACAAAGAUUUCCAUGCCAUACAGUGCAGUUUAAAUAAGAACAUGCUGGUUCUUAUUUAGAACCACAAUAUGUGUCUGUGCUUAAACUCAGCAUGUUUAAUUAAUAUCUGAUGAUGCAUCCAAAUCAUAUUAUGAGUUACUACAGAACAUAUAAUCUUUAAUAGGUCUCAAAGACAGCUUUCCUGUGCUUUCGGCAAGGGUGAAAUCGAAACUUCACAUAAAUCAUUGUCUUUUUUUUGUGUGUGAAAAAGUGGCAGAUAAUUGUCACAUUAAAAAGUCCAGUGUAAAUCAGUAAGCAAAUCUGAUUUGAGCCACUUUCACAUGCUGUGUGAACGUAGCCUGUGUGUUUCUCACUAGAAGGAGCCUCUGUUACACUGGAUUACAUUCACUUACUGUAAAAGUAAGGCAUUAUUCUUAGAAAGCACGUGGUUUACAGAUGUUUGGACUGCAUAGUUUUAUUGCACAAUUAGGAAGUGUAAAAGUGAUAGGUUCUAAAUGAAUGAAUUCAGAAAGUUCACUGAUAAUGUGUUACAUAAAACAAUAUAUUUUAGAAACCAGCAGCAGCAGCAUUCAGAAGAUGCUGUUCUGUAAUAUCUACCGUUCCUGCAGAAUUUGUGCCUCAGAGAUGUUACUGUUACUGUCAGUUACUGUAGUAUUCUGCUGCUCUUCCCGCUUAUGGGGAUUUAAUGCACCUCAGAUAUGGAUUCAGAUGUAUUACUAUAUAUUACAUUAUACUACAAUGUGGUGUUCAAGAGAAAAGUGCUAUAAUGCACUAAUGUCCUUAAUUAAAUUAUUACUAGAAGUUU